AUGGCGGAAACGCACGCUGUCCCAGGAGACAAAGGGAACUGUGUCGAGAUGGAGGGCCUGGUCCUCAGUGUCUACACAGGCCCAGGAUUAAACCGGGCAAGGGUUUCAAAGCGCCCCCUGGAUGUUGUGACUAAGACAUUAGGUAGGGCGGUGGCGGCUGAGAUGAGGCUGCAGUGGCGCCAGGAGAAAAGUGGGAGGGUCAGUGGGGCCCAACUGCAGGGCGAUGACCUUCCCUGGGAGGAGCGGUGGCACCAGGUCAGAGCAACUCACCUGCCACAGGCAUGGAGUCAGCGCCGGGAGAUGCUGGACACGGAGCUGCACUUCCAGGCCCCACACCACCUUCUACUUCCGGGUCAACCGGAAGUACCGUCCUGGUUGGCACCACGCUUUCCAGCUUCCGGUUGCGUGGUGCUUGGCAGGGAGGCCGUGUGCCCGAGGGUCCUGUCUGAGCGCGCCCGCCCGCCCGAGAGCCCAGAGGCGCGGGUAUCCUGGCCCCGGGAGGCUCGGAACCCGGAACCACAGUGGCUCUGCCAGGCGGUUGCCAUGGCCGCGCUGACGGCUUGGAUCAGCCUCCUGGCGGCGGCGGCGUCGUGGAGGCGGCGGCAGGUGGCGCAGCCGGAGGGCGGGGCCGCCUCGCCGGGGCCCAGAGGCCAGGCGGCUUUGCGGGCCUGGCCCCCACCGGCCGGCACCAGAGGGGCCCUGCGGCGCCAGCUGCGGGGCUUCGUGCUGCCCACGGCCGCCUGCCAGGAGGACGAGGACAUCUUCCCCUACAAGAUCCUCUUCCAAGACCUUGACCGCAACGGGGACGGGGUGGUGGACAUCACGGAGCUCAGCGAAGGGCUGAAAAACUGGAGCUCCACGUUUGGCCUGCAGUCGGAGAAGGACAUUUUUAAAGCUGGAGAUACCAAUGCUGAUUCAGGAUUGGACUUCCAAGAAUUUUUGCAAUACCUUAAAGACCAUGAGAAAAAAAUGAGGCUGGCAUUUAAGAGUCUGGACUUAAAUAAUGAUGGAGUAAUAGAAACUUCAGAAAUAAUCACUGCUUUGAAGUCACUGGGUGUAGAUAUUUCUGAAGCUCAGGCAAAAAAUAUUCUCCAAAGCAUGGACAGUGAUGGAUCAAUGACAGUAGACUGGGAUGAAUGGAAGUACUACUUUUUACUUCAUCCCGCAAAAAGUAUCGAUGAAAUUGCUGGCUUCUGGAAGCGUUCUACUAUAAUUGACAUAGGGGAGAGCAUAGCUAUUCCAGAUGACUUUACUGUGGAAGAAAAGAGUUCUGGACAUUGGUGGCGGCAUAUGGUGGUAGGAGGAAUAGCUAGCGCCAUUUCAAGGACGUGCACGGCACCUUUUGAUCGCUUGAGAGUCAUGAUGCAGGUUCAUAGUUUAGAGCCAACGAGAAUGAAGUUAAUUGGUGGGUUUGAGCAGAUGAUAAAAGAAGGAGGAAUUCGUUCUCUUUGGCGAGGAAAUAGUGCAAAUGUUUUAAAAAUUGCACCUGAGAUGGUCAUCAAGUUCGGGGCCUAUGAACAGGUAAUAAAGACCAGACUGACUGUGGGUAGAACUGGACAGUACUCAGGGAUUAUUGAUUGUGGCAAGAAGCUUCUGAAACAAGAAGGUGUUAGAACCUUUUUCAAAGGCUAUGUCCCUAACUUGCUAAGCAUUAUACCUUAUGCAGGCACAGACCUCACUGUUUUUGAGCUUUUGAAGAACUAUUGGCUCGAACAUUAUGCAGGAAGCUCUGUAGACCCCGGCUUAAUGAUUUUGCUGGGAUGUAGCACGCUGUCGCACACCAGUGGUCAGAUAGCCAGCUUCCCUCUGACCCUUCUUAGAACACGCAUGCAGGCUCAAGCACAGAAGGAAAAAACAACAACUAUGAUUCAUCUCAUUCAAGAUAUAUAUUACAAAGAAGGAAAAAUGGGCUUUUUCAGGGGCCUCACCCCAAAUAUCAUAAAAGUGCUGCCUGCAAUAUUCAUAAGCUGUGUGGCCUAUGAAAUACUGAAAAGACCGUUUGGAUUAACGUAGAAGUGAAAUGUGAAAUUGUUGUCAUUACUGUAAUCACUUAAUUGUAAGAUAAUGCCUGGGUUAUAAAGAGAAACUGAUCUCUUCCUAAAAGGAAAGAAAGUAUCAAAUAAUUGUUAAAACAUUUUCUCUUCAUGUUUUCUAGUAUAAAACCUAUAAAUGAAAUAAUCA